GUAAUAAACUAACAUCUAUGGUUAAUGCUAUUUUACUGCGUAAAAACUAUGUUUUCGCAAGUCUUAUUUAUUGAUCAUAAAUGUGACAGUGUUAAGGCAUUUGGCAGUUUCUUCCUAUUUUCAUUUAAUUAACACAAUGGCCAGAGUACUUGUCGGCGUGAAACGUGUCAUCGAUUAUGCAGUGAAGAUUAGAGUGAAACCAGAUAAAUCUGGGGUGGUUACUGAAGGGGUGAAGCAUUCCAUGAAUCCAUUUGAUGAAAUUGCUGUUGAAGAAGCUAUAAGAUUAAAGGAAAAGAAGUUUGCAACUGAAGUUAUUGCUGUCACUUGUGGUCCAACGCAAAGUCAAGAGACGUUGCGUACUGCCUUAGCAAUGGGUGCUGACCGUGGAAUCCAUGUAGAAAUUCCAGCGGAUGAUUAUGUUAAGACAGGACCAUUGCAGAUUUCCAAGAUAUUUGCAAAACUUGCUGAGCAAGAGAAAGCCAAUCUUAUUAUCCUUGGAAAGCAAGCAAUCGACGGUGAUAACAAUCAGACUGCUCAAAUGACUGCAGCUGUUCUGGAUUGGGCCCAAGGCACUUUCGCAUCCGAGUUAAAGCUGGAGGGUGAAAAACUAACAGUGGUUCGUGAAGUAGAUGGAGGUUUGGAAACUAUUGAUCUGAAGAUGCCUGCGGUUGUGUCAGCUGACCUAAGACUGAAUGAACCACGAUAUGCAACUUUACCCAACAUUAUGAAAGCAAAGAAAAAGAAGGUUGCAAAACUGACAGCAAAAGACCUUGGAGUUGACUUGGCAUCAUCUAUAGAAAUUCUGGAGGUAGCAGAUCCACCUCAAAGACUAGCAGGAAUCAAAGUUGAAAACACAGAAGAACUUGUUGGAAAACUGAAAGAGGCUGGCCUAGUUUAAUUUCAUUAUCUCUUUUUCCCCCCGUUUACCUUAGGUAUACAAAUAUAUUUUGAGUGUUAUGCAAUUUGCUGGUAAUUUGUUCCUUUAUAAUUGAAUUAAAAUUCAAUGUGAAAAGGG